AAAGGGAAAUAAUGUACCUUGCGAUGAUCCUAGCGAGGGUAAUUCUGAACUAAGAGGAGUGCUUGUUACAGUCUGCAAUAUAAAGUUUGGACCUGGACAGUAAAAAAUUCCAAUAAUUAAAAUUAUAAACAUAACAGCUAUUGGCAAAAGGGGCCAUUUUAUAAUAGUCACCCAUAAAUGUACUCUACAUUCAUCUAGAGUGCCGUGCAUUGGGUAAGUACUCGUACAUAUUUCACAAUAUUCGUUUUUUUAUUAUACCAGUUAUUGUCAAUUUAGUACGCAUUAUUAUGUUUGCAAAAUUUCAUGUUUUAUUUAUGUUUUUACCUGGUAUUUUAUGUUUCCAUUCAAAUUAUUGUGAUGUGUGUCCGAAACAUGUCCUUUGUAAAUAUAAUUCCUCAGGUCCAGGCCCGUCCUGCCGCGGGUACGACGGGGGCGCGCUGCUGACGCGAGCCGAGGUCCGCGCGGUGCUGGAGCGGGUCAACCGGCGGCGCGGGCAGGUGGCGCGGGGCGGGGCUCCGGGACUGCCCACUGCUGCUAAUAUGAAUACUGUCAGUUGGUCCAAAGAGUUGGCGGUUUUGGCCCAACGUUGGGCGGACCAGUGCGACCCGCACACUCGCCCGGACCGCACCGACGACUGCCGAGAUCUACCGGGGCUGAAGGUCGGUCAGAGCGUGGCGUCCGUAGCCGGCGCCUCCGCGGGGCUGCGGGUGGGAGCCCUCGUCGACACCUGGUUCACGCAGGCGCUGGAAUACUCUGGAAGUGUCUCCUACUAUGACAGUUUCCAGGAUCGUCAUACGGAAUAUUUUACUCAACUUAUUUGGGCAGACACAUAUGCAGUUGGCUGCGGCAAAGUCAAGUUUCACAGCUCAAACGGGAAAAGCGUUAUAACAAGAUUAGUGUGCAACUUUGCGCCGUCCGGGAACGCUCACGGCAAGCCGGUUUACCUGAUCGGCUUCCCGGCCACGCAAUGUGCUGAGGGCAGCUCGCCGGACGCCCGGCACCAAGGCCUGUGCUCCCGGCCCGCGGCACCGGAACGGAAACCGUAUGGAGCUCCAAAGAGUACGCUGCCAAUGUUUGUACCCAUUAAAACAAAGUCAACGACAGUUAGCAGUCUUCUGAGAAUUUUGAACUUAUACAACAAAUCGGAUUUGGCAGAAAUGGACUCUUCUACGUCCAAUAUAAAAUUGCAGACAUCGAAAUUUUAUCCGAAUAACCAGAAAGGCAUCGAUAAACUGCAAAAUAUGUUGAACAAAACCAGGAUUGGGAACAAAUUCCUCCUCCAUUCCGAUAAUGUAAAAAACUUAUCUCGCAGACAAAUGUACCGCGACCACGAAGAUAUGAGAGGUCACUCUCACGUGCACCACGACCCCGGGCAUGUCCUGGAGGAGCCGUCCACGUCAUCAGACAACUUCAAAGGAUUUCAGAGAGAGAGAGAAAAAUGCUCUCGGAGGCCAGCUGGUGGUGCAAAUGCAGAAUGUGAAACUAACAGAUGUACGAGAACUGAUGAAAAAAUUUACUGCUGUAGUGAGACUAGUGGGUCAUCACCAUUGUUUGAUCGACUUGCAGCUAACAAGCCUCAGUACGCCAACCAGCAGGACCAGUGUUCGUGUUUCGCGGUACCCCUCGCACCCCCUUUGUGUCCUCCGCCGGCACCACCAAACUGUAAUAAUUGCCCGUGCGUCGUGCAACAUCAAUGCAGUACUAGCAUACAAUGUAAAAAUUGUAGAGACAAAAGUUAUGAAACGAAACCAAAUAAAAUGCCUCCAGAUUUGCAUUACAUUGAUCUUAUCCCAAAAAUAUCACAUUUACGAAACGGAGAUGAGUCGUUAGAAAAAGAUUUCAAAUAUACGGAUGAUUAUUUUCUGACUACAAAUCCAAAUUAUCAAAGUACGGAAAAUAGCCAGCAUACUAUCAAGAAUAUUAAUCCACUCAAGAUCAAAUUGCAUAACAAUGAUCGAACAGAACCUGACCGAGAAUACCCCUACGAUAUGUUAUAUUUAAAUCACCGAAAUAAUAGAGAAAUUGUAGAUGAGGUAACAACAAGUAAACCAUUUUGGCAGAUGGCUGAAUAUGAUAAUUAUGAUAAUACAAAACCAGUUCAGCUUAAAGCUUUGAGGUACACUACACUUAGAGAUCCAAGGAACAGAUAUGCUAAAAACACACAAAUGAUCCGAGCAACAGAACCAAUAACCAUUGUCCGCACGAACUUGUCUGAAGAUAGUCAAAAGCACCCGGCCAGAGAAAAAUUGUUAUCAUUUGACGAAUUGAUAAACUUAAGAAAGAAUACUAGCCCUAAAUUACACUUCUUUGCUCGACGGAAAGGUGAAGAUACUACGCCUACCACUGCUACUACUACGACACCAACAACAACUAUAAGUAAACCGACCUUCCCUCGAAUAAAGUACUGCACUCGAAAAUUAACCUGUACCUGGACAGUGAAUACCAAGGACAUAGGAGGAGGGGCCAAGCCGGGCGGGGGCGCGGGCGGGGGCGCGGGGAAGCCACGACACACUGUUCCUGGUUUCGUAGAAGGAUGCAGUCGGACAUCAACAUGCACCCGAGAGUUCAUGGACAAAAACAUUGGAUUCGGUAAAGAUUACGAUGUACCUAAUGACGAUGAAGAGGAAGGAUCUGGUGAUGAAGAAUAUUGUGAACGAAGAUCACUUGACGUUCGAAGACGGGAGUCAGUCAAAAAGAAAAGUGUUUAUUCACAAGUCCAAAAUGAUGAUGAAGUUGAAUCGACGUCAUUCCACUCUACUAAUUUAAUUGAACCAGAUUAUACAGCCUUAUCUACAGAAACUACGAGUACAAGUGCAAAUGAUGGUGACUGCUUAUGUGACGCAUAUAAUAAAAAAUCUAAAAGGAAUGCGAUGUAUCAGAGGCAUGAGCGUACCACUGCCCAGAAAAUAAAUACAUAUUUGACAUAUGAAAAUAUGUAUUACUCCGUUCUGGAAAAAAUCUUGAACAUGUAUAAAACAAAGGAAAAAUUUAACAAGAACUGUUGGUGUCACAACUCCGUUAAUAGUAGUUUUAAAAUAACUUAUUUAUUUUUCGUUGUUGUCAUGAAUUUUAUUUGUACAAUAAUAAUAUAAUAUUUCAAAUCAAA